CGGGGGGCGACACGUGACGUAGCACAACAACAGGAAGUGGGAGCACACGUUGCCGGUAAUGGCCCAGCAGGCGACGGCGGGGUGGCGCUACGUGCGGGCGUUCGUCAGCGGCCUCUUCGUCGCCGUUCCAGUCACAGUCACCGUCCUCGAUCGAUUCGCCUACGUGGCUCGAGUGGAGGGAGCGUCGAUGCAGCCGUCCCUGAACCCAGACAGCGGCUCGGACUGCGACGUCGUCCUCCUGAACCGCUGGAGCGUGAGGAACUACGAGGUCCAACGAGGAGACAUCGUCUCCGUCUUGUCUCCAAAGAACCCCCAGCAGAAGAUCAUCAAGAGGGUCAUCGGCCUGGAGGGAGACUUCAUCAGGACUCUGAGCUACAAGAACCGAUACGUCCGAGUUCCCGACGGUCACUUCUGGAUCGAGGGGGAUCAUCACGGCCACAGUCUGGACAGCAACAGCUUCGGACCGGUGUCGGUCGGGCUGCUUCACGGCCGAGCUUCUCACAUCAUCUGGCCUCCACAACGCUGGCAGGAAAUCCAACCGUCCCUCCCCCCCAACAGAGGCCCGCUGGACACGGAGGAAGAAGAGGGAUGAAGACAUGUCUGUACUCAUUCAUCUGUUCUGAUCUGUUUGCUGAAGCGUUGAGACGGACAUCGCUGCGUCCGUCUGUGAGAAUUCAUUCUUUCACACGUGUUGUGUUUUUGUGUCUGAAGAAUUUCAUAUUCAGGAGGAAACAGAUUCUCUGGAUUAUUGAGAGAAGUUAAUUAUCUGGAUCUCUCAUAGAUCCAAACACUACUACUACUUGAUCCUGUGACAUUUACAGAUUUAUUUUUUGAAGUCGGAUCCACAUGGAAGUCGGAUCCAGAGCUGGAAAGAUGAUCUGAUUAAUUCACAGGAAAUCAUCUGAAAGAUCUGCUGUUUGAUGAUGAAUUUAAAUAAUCUCUGUUUUAUAUCACUGAAUUUUUCUUCUUAUUUGGUUCAUGGGUGAAUAAAACAAGAGAUUUGACAUUUAAUAAAACAAAAUGUGAAUUGAUUCAUUCAGGAAUCAAAUGAAUUAGCAGGUGAAUCGAUAUUUAUUCUCAUUUCUGAUGAAGUGAGAAUAUUCCUUCUGUUCCAUUGUUCCUAUUCAAAUAAAUGAGUCCUGGAUUUAA